UUGUCGUCACACGAUCGCCGAUUGCUAAUAGCGUCUCGUAAUUCGUGGAAUAUUCAUAAAUUGUGCUAAUUGUGUGUGUGUGUGUGUAUGUGCGCCACAAGUCUUGCACCGUUGAAAGUGCAUCCGCAGUGGCUUCAUUUGAUUUGCUUCCCUCCAGGGGCCUCAGGGAAAAGCAGAAGGGGGAAAGAGUGGGGAAGAAAUAGUGCAGUGCAAUCUUCACUUUCCGGUUCCUCAGCCCUGCCUGGGGUGUGUAGCUGUAUAAUCGAAAAGCAAUUGACCAUCGAUAACUGGGUGCGAGCGGGUUGCAUCGACGAAGAAGACGGCGGUGGAGCAUUAGCGCCAUCAUCAUCCUACUCCCUCUUCGCUCCGGCAAUUUGUUGCAAUAAACCGAGUGAAUCGAUUUCCUGUGCCCUGUGUGUGUUUGUGUGUGCCUGGGAAGGUGCUGAAAGGGGGGGUCCUAGUAGGCAAGAGAGUGUGACCGGCAGAGCGAUUUGUGGCUUGUGAUUGAGUGGGCUGUGGUGUGUCCUAAAUCGUCCCAUUAAGGAUAACUCUUCCGGAAAAGUGGCUCUUCCCUCCCAAAAUGAAUCGUGUAUGUUUAUAUGGGUGUGUGUGUGAUACAUCCUGCAAGUGAACCGUCAAUCGGACGGUUUUGGGCCGUUAGGAUUUUAGGCUGCGGAUUGCCAAGUAACGCUGGCCUGAUUGCCUCUCGGCAUGCCUUGGAUUCGUGUCCAUCGCCCUGUGUUGAUUCUGUGCCUGUGAAAAUGGGGCAAUAAAAUUGGGAUUGAGUGAUUCGAUUGAGAAGGUUGAGAAGGUUCGAUUGAGAAGUGCAGUGCAGUGACUGUGCAGCGGUAACAUCGAACGGAAAUUAAUACACUGCUGACCAAGUGCCGUCGGCUGGUGUGCCAUCGAAGCAGCAUCGAGGAAGACACUGACGAAAAUACCAAUUAGAUGUAAAUGUGAAGCGGAAGUGUCAUAUGCUUGUAAUGAGGCGCUUUGCGUCAACCGAAGCGCCCAGCGACCGUCGGGAAUGACUUGAGCCCGGAUACCUCCCCACCGUUGUUUGAAGCGAACGAGUCCCACUCUCAGUCAGCCAUGGAGAAGAGCCUGCUGGUAGCGAUUGCGCUUGGCCAGUACGAGACGGUACGGGCGGCGCUCGAACGGUCCAGCCCCGAUCUGGACUACCAGGAUGCGGCCUGCGAUGGCAACAGCGCGCUGCAUCUGGCCGUUCUCGCGAAGCACAACAAAACGCGCCUGAUCGAGCUGCUGAUCGAGGCGGGCGCCGAUUGCGAUCUGCGCAACCAUGACGACCUAACGCCGGUGGAGUUGGCCCUGGCGAACGGGUCCCAGUAUGUGGCGGAGUUUGCACUGUCCCGCGAGCUGGACGGCGUGCCGGAUGAGGAGGGGCUGCGGCGGCUGAUCCGCCGCGGGUCGGUGGAGCUGCUGCGGAUAUUUCUGGAGAAGCGUGCGUUCGACAUACACACCAAGAUGAAACUGUUCGCCACCAUACUGGACGAGCUGAGCGUGAAGGGCGUCCCGAUCGAGCGGUCGAUGAGCGUGUUUCUGGAGUACGAGCUGAUCGCGCACAGCUACGAAGGUCGUCCCGGUGCUGCUGGAUCGAAGCGGGCGGCAGUGAAGGGCAAAGCGGCCGCCGGUGCGAACAAAACAGAGGCUGAUAGGCGUGUAGAGUUAGUGCUAAGCUAUACCAAAUACUUGAGCGAGCGGUACGACCCGGACAACCUGAACGAUCUGGACGAUGGGUUCGUGGUGCGGCUGCGGGCGCUCUGCGAGUGUUUGCACUAUCUGGACGGGGUGGAGCGUUGGCCACAGCUGAAGCUGGUGCCGGUCGGCGAGCUGAGCUACCUGUGCGGUGUGCUGCUCGCGAUACUGGAGAAGAGCGCCGGCUUCGAGAUGUACAAGCUCGUGCUGAACAAGCACAUGAUGGUGCGGUUUUUGCGCGCAGUGGCGCAGGAGCUGGAGGCGCUGGUGCGCCCCUCCAGCGACCACCAUCAACCUACCGUUCGAUCGUUCCAGUGGACGCCGCAGCUGCUGCUCGAUCUCAUCGCGUGCAUCCGCGACCAGAAGCUGUCACAGUACGUCGCACGAAGACAGCGCGCUUGCGAGGCGCUCCACCGUAUCGCCACUUCCAACGGGCCGCUCACGCCCGCCGACGAAGCGCUGGUGCAGCGCGAGCUGGGACGCCGGGAGCUCACCACCCUGCAGGACAGCAAAUGGGGCGUCGCGGACUACGUCGCCUAUCUGCGGGCCGACCAGCGGACGAGCGCGCUCACGGUCGGGCAGCUUUGGCACCGGACCCAUCCGAAGCUCCGCCUCCCGAAGCGACAGGUGGCGUACGUGGCGAGCAGGCGCGAACUGCUCGCGAAGGUUCGGGCCGCCCGCCAGCUGGCCGAGCUGAGCCGCGGCAAGGUGAAGCUGCUCGAGCGCGAGGCCGCCGCCCGGGAGCUGAAGGGAUCGGUCGCGUGCAGGACGGUGCGGCGCCGCAAUCGGGCCGUGUUCGGGCAGCUGCGGCGCACGUACGAGCAGGUCCGGCAGAUGCACACGGUCAAACAGAUUGCGUACUACGUGGAGAAUGCGCUCGUGCUCGAUCUGGACGAUCAGGCGAACGCGUCGCUCUGCUCGACGGCGAUCCAGCGCGUCCUGCAGUACAUUGGGCAGGUUGGGGAGGAAGCGACGAACCUGCGGCGAGCGACCUUCGCCCGCAUGCUGACCAAUCUGCUCGACCAUGUGCUUUCCCCGCUGGCCAACAUCGGUACCACACCGCAGCAGGUCGAUCUGCGCGACAACUUCACGCCGCACUGUACCGUGGGGAAGUAUUUCCUCAGCAAAGCGCUCACGCUGGAGCAGGUCCGCACGAUCCAGGACCGGCUGAAGCCCGUCUACCGGUUCUGCCUGUACGCCAUCCACAUCCAGCUGAUCGAGGCGUACAAAACGUUCCUCGGGACGGCUUACCGGUUGCGCAACGUGGCGCAGCUGCGCUCGUACGCCCGCUACAUCGGCGAGUACAAUCUGCACACCCUGAGCCACAUCAAGUUCGAGCACGUGUUUUACGACGAGCGGGAAACGGGGCGCAUCGUGCAGGAGCUGAAGAAGAUGUACCUCGGCAUGGCGAACGAGCUGAAGCUGCUGUCGUUCAUCGAGAAGAACAUCCACUUCCGGUUCUACCACAUGCAGUACCACCAGACGCGGCUGCGCGUCACGCUCGCGAACUUUGCGACCGUGUACCGGGCGCUGAAAGCGAACGGGGACUAUGGUUGUGUGCGCCGGCUGGUGCACUCGUAUCUGCGCCAGUCCUACCAGAAGUACGACAUCUCCCGCUCGAUCUCCAUCUCGGACGCGAACCUGGCGCUGAAGGAGCUGCUCCGACCGUACAGCAGCUUGAGCGAGAACGAGGAGUCGCUGCAGGUGGUACGCCAUCUCGAGGAGCUGCAGCGCCUGAUGGAUCCCGAUCGACUGUUUGGCAUCAAUUUGGGGCGCCGGGAGUGUGCUUCGGCGCACGAUCCGGCCGCUCGGUACGGCAAGUUUACCCGCAAGAUGCUACAAGACCUCAGCGCACCACCGCUCAGCGACGAAGAGUUCGAGCAGCUGCACGAGCGGUUGAGUCGCACGAGCUACGGCAACAUCUUCCUGCUCCAGCAGCGCUACAAAACGGUGGAGGAGUUCUUCCGCACGAAGGGAAUGGCACUGGAGGCCGGGCAGCUGCAGGCGCAUCGAAAACAGGACGAGGAGCUGCUGCAGGAACUAUUUGACUCGCGCGUCAAUGAGGUGGUGGAAAUGUUGGAAAAGUUUGACUGUACCGAUGUUGAGACGGUUUCGGAAGCGAUCGAGGAACUGCCGCCGGCAGUUCAGUUCGCGCUCGAGUACGGGCUGGUCGAACUGCUCGAAAUUCUCACCACGGUCGGGAGAAUCGAACCAAUGCACUCGAACUUCCAGUCGACCGUGUUGAGUGGCUGCCGGCUGAAGGGUUUCCUUGCGGGAGGCCACGAAUCGCUCGUGCUCGAGGCAGUUACGCGCAAGUCUUCCGCCACGAUCUUCCUGAACGUGCUCGCGUUCAAGCAGCGCGCGUUUCAGCUGUACAGCGGUGAACCGCACACUGGUAGCUGCAAGUCGGUGUCCUGUUGGGCGCAAAAGUACGCCUCACGGUUGCAGUGGAUCGAGCAACAGCAAGCCCUGUUCGAAGCGGUCCGAUCGGGCAGCAUUAGCGUAAGCGCCUUGCGCCAACAGGUCCAGAAAGGAGUGGCGAUCGAUGGUCAACUGCUGGGCGCACUGAUGCCCAACGAAUCGUGCCGGUACGGGCUGAUCGAUGCAGCCAUUGCGGGUGACUUCCGUGCCAUGAUCGACCUGCUGACGGGAGUUCCCCAAAACAGCGAACGAACCCAGCUCCUGCAGUAUCUUCUUCGGCGCACUGCAAAGUCUCACUUUUUAGACGAGCGUUUGGAGGAGAUGAAAGAGUCGGAUCAUCGCAUGCUGGUGCUGUAUCUCUGUCUGUUCCACGGGGAUGUGGCGCUGUUCCGGAAGCAUCUGAAACGUUUUAACGCGUCCGACGAGCUGCAUCUGUUUGUGAACUCCGAGGAUCAUCGGUUCGUAAGGGAGCUGCUGAACGGAAUGCACGACUACGAUUGGAGUCGUGCCGAUGGGAACGGGAUGACCAUUCUGCACAAGCUGGUGAACGCUGGCAACCUCGCGGCGGUUGAGCAUCUCAUCGGAAAGAUGUCCCGGAAGCAACUGAACGCUCUGUGCAACAUGAAGUACAGCGCACUGAAUCUGGCGGCCCGUUUGAAUCUGCUCGACAUCGUGCGGGUGCUGGUCGGUGCAAAGGUCAGUCUGAACGUGAUGAGUGAGGACGAGAAGCUGCCGGUCUACUGGUUGAUCCAGUACGGCAAUCCACGCUCGGUUGUACGGCAGACGAUCGACGCUGCCACCGAGCUGACCGCUUUCUCGGGCGAACUGUGUCUGCUGCACCGGGCGAUCGAGUACGACAACGA